AUGGAUCCCAUACAUCGUCGAGAUGCCAAGCUCAAGCAGUAUGGCUUCACGGACCGGCAAUCUCUGGCACGCAUGACGAAUACCGAGGCUCAAGAGAUCAUGGAGUACAUGUCUGAGUUGGAGUUUCCCAAGAUCUAUCAUACCAGUAUACAAUUUGCGUUGUUCAAAACCUACGGCAUCCCAACCAUCUCCGGCCUCCUCGCCGCAACCAAAGAAUUCAGCACCCCCGAGAACGCCGGCAAGCGCUGCGCCGACACGGGGAUCCUGAUCCAGGAUUUUUCGGGCCACCACCCCAAAUCCGCACGCGUGAUCAAGGCCCUGGCACGCAUGAGCUACAUCCACUCCUGCUACCAGAAAGCCGGCAAGAUCUCCAACUCGGACCUGCUCUACACGCUCAGCGUGUUCGUGACGGAGCCCAUCGCGUGGGUGGCGAGGUACGAGUGGAGGGCGAUGACGCCGAUGCACUGUUGGUUGACGAAAAUAAAUGUAGAACGAUGA